GCGGGCCAGGCGGCGCUUGUUUGCGCUUGUUCAAUUGCUCUUUGCUGUUUAUUUUUUUUUUGUUACUGAUACAUUUCGUAGCGCGUCUUGGAAAUAACGAAUAACGAAUAUAGUGUGUAGUGUUUGUGUAUGUGUUUUAUGGUAUUUAAAUAUGCCUUGUGUACUUGUGAAUUUGUGGUAAAAAUGCGCCAAAAAGCAAACAUCGGCUUUACUUCGACUACAACAAUAACGAAACCCAAGUGCGUGCAGCACAGCAACAACAAGCAGAACAAGAACGGUGCGAAGCUAAUGCCAAAAUUAGCCGGUAUAGUCAGAGCACUUGUUUGAGUUCUCUCUCCUCGCUUAUCGCAAAAAAAACCAAAAAAGCCGAAAAAAAAUAUCGAACAUAAAAUCGAAAUCGAAGCGGAGCAGCAACAAGUCCAGGCAGCCAACCUAAAAGAAGAAGAAGCAACAGUGCGUACAACAAAAUGUACACAUGACAACAACAACAUCGAGCAUCCUGUAUGUGUAUGUGUUGUGUGCGCGCGAGUGCGUGUGUGUGUAUGUGAGUUGAUUUUUGCCACACGCCUGGUGGAGGAGGGGGAAAAGAUGCGUAAACUGUCAUCGUCGUUGAGUCGCAAUCAUUAUUUUGUGAUUGGCUUGGCCCUGGGCCUGGUGCUCAGCUGUUGCAUACCGCAGGACAUUAGGCAGCUGGUGCAGCAGGAGGAAUGCCCACAGGAGGUGGCCGAGAAUUUGCUCAUCGAACGUUUUGGCCAGGACUUUGAGCCGCAUUUGAAUUUGAUCAGUAAGCCGCUGUCGGCUAAAAAGCCGGUAAAAAAUGUGCUGCGACCACGUUACUACUCCUCGGAGCUGGGGAUACGGGAGAAGAUCUUCAUUGGCGUGAUGACCUCACAGGAGAACAUCAACAGCUAUGCGACCGCGUUCAAUCGCACCACCGCCCAUCUGGUCAACAAAAUGAAGUUCUUCAUCAAUGCGGACAGUGUUAAGACCAACUAUGAGCUGAAGAAUAUCGUUGGCUUCACGGACACACGCGAGAGUCGUCGUCCAUUCCAUGUGAUCAAAUAUAUUGCCGACAACUAUUUGGAUGAUUAUGAUUAUUUUCUGCUCGUUACCGACAAUGUGUAUGUCGAUGCUCGUAAACUGAAUGCCCUCCUCUAUCACAUGAGCAUCACCUUUGAUCUGUAUAUGGGAGGCACACGAAUUCGGGCAUCAUCAACAAAUGGUGGAGCUGCUGCUGCUGCUGCUGCUGGUGGUGGUGGUGGUGGAGUGGCGCCUGGAGCAGAGAAUGAAUCGAAUGCUGAUGAUGAUGAUGGAGGCGAUGCCGCUGCCGGCGACGAUGGAGGUGGCGAUAGCGACGGCGGUGGUCUCAGUGAUCGCAACUAUUGCGCCCUCGAGGCGGGAAUUCUCUUCAGCAGCAGUGUCAUCCGCAAGAUGCGCAACAAUCUGGAUCGGUGUGUGCGCAUUGGCAGCACCAACGAUCACAGCGUCAACAUUGGACGGUGUGUCAAGUAUGCCAGUCAUGUGUCCGGUUGCCAGGAAACGUUUCAGGGUAUGCGACAAUACAGCUACGCUUUAAACACCAAGACGCGUCAGUAUAAGGAUCUCAGCCUGCUGGCCAAGGAGCCGGCAUUCCUUAAUGCAACCACUGUGUAUCCGGUGCAGACGCCCGAGGACUUUUAUCGCCUGCACGCUUACUAUUCCAAGCACCAUCUGGAACUGGUGCAACAGCGUGGCUACGAGCUGGAACAGAAAUCGUAUCGCAUUGCGAAUGGCAGCAUAUCGAACAAGAUACUCGAGAUACGCUGGCCGCUGGGCGUGCCACCGCCAAGUGCACCGGAGACGCGACACGAUAUGCUGACGUGGCAACUCUUGAAUGGGACACACAGUUUUCUGCCCAAUGCGAAUGCGGAUCAUGCUGUCUCCCCCCUCAGUCGCAUCGAUGCCCUCGACUUUGCCAAAGUGCUGGAGAUAGCGCUGCAAUAUGCCACGCAGAAGCAUCCCAAGCUCCACUAUCACAGUCUGCACAGUGCGUACCGAAAGUUUGAUGCCACACGUGGCAUGGACUAUCAGUUGCAUUUGAAUCUGUAUGAGGGCCCAACACCCAAGCGAUUGCAGCUGAAGAGCUUUGAGGUCGUCAAGCCGCUGGGACGUGUCGAGGUUGUCCCAUCGCCCUAUGUCACCGAGAGCACAAGGAUUGCCCUGUUGGUGCCAUCUUUUGAGCAUCAGGUGCCCGAUGCCCUCGACUUUGUGGCGCAAUACGAACGCAUUUGCAUGCACAACCAGAGCAACACCUUUCUCUUGCUGAUCUUUCUUUAUCGCCUCGACUCGCCCAGCAAAGGCGACGAUGAUCCCUUCAAGGCGCUGAAGAAGCUCGCACUGGAAUUGUCCUCCAAAUACAAGACAGAUGGCUCUCGCAUUGCCUGGGUCUCCAUCCGCCUGCCCGCCGAUCUAAGCGCUCCCGUUGCUGCCGACGAUUGGCUGCUCCACGCCUCCAUGUAUGGCCCAAGGCAGCUGUUGAGCUUGGUUGUUGCCGAUCUGGCACUGCCCAAGCUCGGUCUCGAGUCGCUGGUGCUGCUCGCAACGCCGAGCAUGAGUUUUCGCACCGAUUUCCUCAAUCGGGUGCGCAUCAACACGAUUCAGGGCUUUCAGGUGUAUGCCCCGAUCGGCUUUCAGCUGUAUCCCUGCAAUUGGGCGCACUUCUGCAAGGAGUGCGACAACUGCGACAUUAGCCAGAGCAGCGGCUACUUUGAUCGUCACAAUCACGAUGUCAUCGCCUUCUACAGUCGCGACUAUGUGCAGGCACGCAAACUUAUGGCGCCGCUGGGUCUGCCCAUCAUGCACACGGACCUGGACAUUGAGCAGCUGCUGCAGUCGCCGCAGCGUCCGGCCGGAGUGGAGAGCAUACUGGACAUGUUUGUGGCCGCCCAGCACACGGUGCACAUACUGCGAGCCGUGGAGCCGCAUCUGCGCUUCGGUCUCGAUGUGCGACAGCAUUUGGCACGAGGCGGCGAGCUGCCGAUGCCGCUGCCCAGUCGAUGUGGGCGGGAGCAGUGCAUCCAUUUGGCGUCGCGCAAACAGAUUGGCGAUGCCAUCAUACGCUACGAGGACAAAAGUAUUUUGCAAAAAUAAUUAGCAGACAGAAGAGAGAAAUGAGAAAACAACUGUUAUACACAAUCAAUAUCAUUCAGUUCCUUUAUAAACUUAUAUUUCCAAGUGUGUGUGAGUGUGUUAGGAGAUUGUAUAUGUGUGAGUGUGUUAGGAGAUUGUAUGUGUGUGUGUGUGUGUGUGUUAAGUUCUAGGCAAUUUUUGUGGGUGACCUGUAAGCUGUAAAGAAAAGAGCGUGAGUUUAGACAGUAAGAGAUCCUUUUAUAGACUAUUUCAAUUUCAAUAUAGUAAUAAUUUAUUUUACAAAUAUUAUUAUAUAAUAGUAUUUUAAUGUAUUUUAUUUUAUUAGUUCUUUUUUACAUCAAAUAUUGAUAACGACUCUCAAAUUCCCGCUCUUGCUUUUGGCUACAGGGUAACUCGCAGUCGUUCCGAUGCGUGUGCAUGCCUUUGCUUUAAAGUGAAACUUUUAAUGCUCAAAAUGGUAGACAAGAAUUGUUAUAUUUUUAGGACGGAGGAGGAGGAGGGAAGAUGUAGAGGAGGAGGAGAACGUGUAGCUGCCAAACAAAAUGCUUGCUUAAGUUUAAUCGUAAUCGCAUAAAUUAUAUUUGUACUAAAUGUCGAACGUAAGCUAUUUGAAAUGGGGGAAGCGGGUGGGGUGUAUAACAGUUGUAGAACAGUAGCACAGUCAUAUUAAGCACAUGUACACAACAACGCCAUUAGCCAAUCUUCAGGGGCCAACAAUCAAUCAAUCAAUCUAUCGAUGUAUCGUCACUCUCAACCAAUUUAGCAAAUGUAAAUAAUUUAUUUAUGUUAUAAUUGUAAUUGUAACUUGCCAGGGCACAGCAAGAAUUCCUAUUAAUAUAGUAUACAAUACACAUACAUAUCUACUAUAUAUGUAUAUAGCUAAGUGUUAUACUAUAUGUAUGUUAUACAUUUAUCGUUUAAGUCAUACAAAAGUGGCUGUAAUGUAACUGCAAUGUCGAAUGCCACCUUAGCCAAAAACAAUCAACAAAAGUGGGCCAGAAAUCUUGCCUCUCCCAGCUACAGCACGCAACUGUUAUACGGGCUGCUCUUUAUCAAUUAAAUGUUAUCGCUAUCGCUACCAAUUCAAUUGAGGUAAUUGUAAAUCAAGCUUAUCUUUCGUUAAUGGAAACUGUUAUACGCCCACUAUCAGACUAAUUUGCCAACUGUUAUACGAAAACGCACUUCAGCCUUAGACAUCGAAUAAGUUAGUUGCCUGCCAGUUU